UUAACAUAGGACCUUAGGUCAAAGACGAAUAUUUAAGGAUGAAGAAUUCCAGUCAAUGAUUGAAGAACAGACUUAAGCAAAUAAGACAUUUUAGAUAAUUAUUUACACAACUAUCAAGAUGACUGGCACCGACAACACCAACCCCGGCAACUUUGCCAACCGACCCAAGGAGGAGGUUCAAGAGAUUGCCUCCAAGGGCGGAAAGUCCAGCCACUCUGGCGGAUUUGCCAGCAUGGACGCCGACAAGCAGCGAGAGAUCGCUUCUGAGGGCGGCAAGGCCUCAUCUGGCUCUUUUGAGCCUGGUAGUGAGAAGGCCAAGGAGGCUGGUCGCAAGGGUGGACUGGCUUCCUAGUUGUAUUACUAUUAUGAGGCAUGACUUUGGAUCGAUGGAAGGGCUCUAUCGGCAGGAUCUAGGAACAUGAAUUGAUUUUCCAGCUACA